UGCAGUUGACUUCCUAUCCCAUCUCCUACUCUCUCCCUCUCUCUCUCCCUCGACGGAUGGUGGUUUGACUUUCAUCUCUUGUGCCGCUCUCCUUGCUCCACGGCCAGCCGCACCGCUGCCCGCGAGCCAUCCCUACUGGAUUCGAGCGGUGAGCGGAGCGGAGAUCUUCCUGUCGCCAGAAUGCCCACAAGGAAGGGCCCGCACCCAUCAUCCGCUGAUCCUGACCCGGAUGACCAGAUCGAGGAAUCUGCUCCCGGCUCUGACACGGUAGGCAGCGAGGACAUAGGCCACUCCCCUGCCAACAGAGGCUCCGCAGAGCUGGCCAUGGAUUGGUUUGAUGGUGAUUUCGAUGUGGGGGAGGAGGAAGAUGAGGAGGAGCAGGAGGAAGGCGACGGUAAUGGCUGGGAUGAUGAAGAGGGUGAUGAUAGCCAGUCGUCGCAGGGAGACGAUGGCAACAUGGAUGAGUCAUUGAGAAUGCACAUCUUUGUCAAGAAUCCCACCGGCAGGACAAUCUGCCUCAAGGUCCACUCAUCAGACACCCUGUACACCGUCAAGGCAAAGAUCCAAGACCAGUAUCGUCUCGUCUUCGACGGGGUGCAUCUAGAGGACAACUUUACGUUGGCUGAUUAUGGCAUCGAGCAUGAAUCUAUGCUUGACCUCCAAGAAAAGAUGCAAAUCUUCGUGACAGAGACGCUAGAAGGUAGGACCAUCACUCUCGAGGUUGAUAGCCUAGACACCAUUGGCAGCCUGAAGGCCAAGAUCCAAUACAUGGAGGGCUUUCCCAAGGGCCAGCAGUGCCUCAUCUUUGCCAACAAGCAGCUGGAGGAUGACAACCGCACCUUGGCCGACCACAACAUCUGGAAGGAGUCCACCAUUCUCCUUGUCCUCCGCCCGUGUAGUACAAUAGGAGGUAUGAUGCACAUCUUCGUGAAGACACUGUUAGGAAAGACCCACGCUCUUGAGGUUGGGAGCUUGGACACCAUUGAGAGUGUCAAGGUGAAGAUCUAUGAGAAGGAGGGCACUCGCCCGAUACAGCAGCGCCUCAUCUUUGCUGGCAAGCAGCUGGAGGACGGGCGCACGCUGGCAGACUACAACAUUCAGAGGGAGUCUACCCUUCAUUUGGUGCUCUGCCUUUGUGGUUGCUGAGAUGCAUGGCCAUUCAACAACCAGUUUUAUUUUGCUGCAGUCCUCCUUGCAGUAGUUGUGUGUUGCCAAUAAAACUAUCAUUCUAGUACUACUCUGAAUCAAGAAUCCCUGGCUCUGCCUUGGCAUCA